UGUGCCUUUUUACUGAUCCGGAAACACUGCCACUGUUGGCAUCAGGUUGGCACGACAAAAAUAAACACCUGGCUCCCGGCGUCGGGCGUCGACGACGACAUUGGCAAGGGCAGAUAAACUUGCUUUUACUCCCUGGACAACGACAAGUUGGCGCCUUUGCAAUAUUAUAUUACUCCUCGAUGUCUAAUAGGGCAUUGAGCUAAAGUGCCGGUCAUGGCUUUUCUCCAUUACCGAUCUACGUCGGAGGAUCCUCUCCCGGUCAAUUAUAAAAGCAACUUGAAUAUCAGCUACAGCUACAUCUUUCUCUAUCACGAUGAACACAACAUCAACGACAACAACGAAUACAACCCUGUGUUUUCCUCGACAUUUGUCGUCCUCUGCACCAUCUUCAAGUUCAUCGAAAUCCUUGAUCGUCAGCAGUGUCAUUCCAACAUCCAAAGAGCUUCAAAAAGGCUCUAUACUGCUCAAGAUAGAUAAAUUCGGCUGGAGCGCGAAUAAUGUCACGUAUCAAGCUUUAGGCGAGCAUCCACACUUCAGAUAUUACGAUUUUCACCUUGCACCAGUGUCCUCGUCAGCCUCAGUAUCACCUCAAUCGCACGGGGUCGUUCCAGUAUGGGGAUUUGGUACUGUUGUUGCCUCGGCGCAUUCUCAAGUAGCCAUAGGCGAGCGGCUGUAUGGGUAUUUUGCCCCUGCGAAAUAUCUAGUGCUACCUAUCGACGAAAGGGACGUGAACAAGUACUCGAUGUAUGUCCCGAGACCUCACCUGCCUGCUGAUCGCAGGGUCUACAACCAGAUCCAACGAUGUUCCACUGAUCUUUUAUACUCUCGAGAGACGGAAGAUCUCACGAUGCUCUACCGACCACUGUUUUGGACUUCGUAUUGGUGCGAAGACUGGUUAGCGAGUAGCGGGUACCGAGGUGGCUGCGAAUAUAUCCUGAUUUCGAGCGCCAGUAGCAAGACGGCAUUCUGCUUUGCGUACUCCGUUCGGAAGAGGAUCGAGAGGGGACUUCUGAAGGAGUCUACCUCCAACGUCAGAAUCAUCGGCCUAACAUCGAAAGGCAAUCUGCACUUCACGGAGAAACUCGGAUUAUAUCAUGAGGUGUACGAUUACGACUCUUUUCUUUCCGCAAAACCGUUCCACACCAAAGAUAAAUCCAAACCUCAACCUAGAUGGAUAUAUAUUGACGUUGCAGGGAACCAAACGCUCAACUCCAAGAUCUACACACAUUUCGCAAGUCCGUAUUCUGUUUCGAAGCUGGUAGCCGCCGUGUCCCUGGGUAUGACUAAUUUAGCUCCCGGAGAGGCAAAGGCAGACACUAUCGAAUGGACCGCGAAUCUGGAAAAUACUUCAGAAAACGGUGGGGGUACUAAACCCAUCUCUUCGUCCCCUUCUUUGGGCUUCUGGCCACGCACAGAACAGUUCUUCUUACCCGAAUGGCUAGCAAUUCGUCGGUUACAACUUACUCCGACCCAGAUGUUUGACGCUCAAAAGGAAGCUUGGGGUGCUCUGAUGCAGGAUUGUCCCUCUUGGGUGAAGUUGGAGUACGUUUAUGGCGGAGAACAGGUUCAGAAGGCCUACGAGGCGAUGGCAAGCAGUUCUCGAGGACUGGGUCCGGAUAAGGGUUGGAUUUGGAGUAUGUGGGAUACAGAGGCGGAGCACGGGGUGAUUAAAGCAAAAUUGUAAUUCCUUGGUACGACAGAGUACAGUAA